AUGUGGAGCAAUGUGCGAGCAGUUGUUGUCAUUCAGCCGUGCUAUCAAAUAGGCAACUGUCUCGGAUGUAUGGUCAAAGUAUGCGGCAACAAUGCGCAAAAUGAAUUUCGACGUUGUCCAGAUAUCGACGGAUCAUGUGGAAACUUUCACACAGAAAGAUCGAAUGGAGAAAUUGUCGACGGUGUCGAUGUGAAAUGUCGAGCCGGCGAGCCGGUUUAUGCUCCAAUCGAAGGAGAAAUGUACUUUUGGCGUCCGUUUGGUGGAAAGAAAGAAAAAGGAUGUGCCGAUCAAGGUGUUCGAAUUGAAGGAACUGGCCAAUGGCAAGGAUACGCCGUUCACAUCUCAUCAGUGAAGCUUGCAUUUUUCGGAGGACACGUUGAAGCUGGAGAUGAGAUUGGAGAAGCAUUGGAUAGAAAUUGCCAUGUUGAGCCGGGACAGCGGGAUAUUGAGCCACAUGUGGAAAUAAAGCUCUACAAAUCUGGAAGACUUAUUGAUCCCAGCUAUCAUUUACAGAAUUGUAUGUGUACUGGUCAAAUUUGCGAGUCCAAUUCGCGGAAUGCCCUUCUCGGAGAAGCUUUCCGAACCGACAAACGAUAUAAUGGUGUUCGCGGUUGGGAUAUCGAAUGCCGCAAGAUUUCUGAGGACGGCGAAGACACUCGAAUCCCAAUGAUUUAUAGUCCAAUUGCCGGCGAAGUUGUUGGAAGAAUUCGAUUGUUCACCGAUUAUAAUGGAGCCUAUAGCGGGUGCGACAAUGAUGGAAUUUUCAUCAUUGGAACCGAAAAUUGGAUGGGAUUCGAGGCACGAUUGUACAAUGUGAAAGCGCGACCGGAGCUGGGAUUCGGUAGGAAACGAAUUGUGCAAGGAGAACCGAUUGCGACGAGACUAGAUUGCGAUAAUAGUCCGGAUAGCGUCUUCUUGGAGAUUCGAUUCCAGGGAAGAGUUGUGAAUCUAACUGAUAUUGUAACAGCAGCCAAGUGUAAUCUUCCUGAUAUUCCUCUUCUUUAA